AUGAGUGAGGCAGUUGUUUGCAAUGGAUAUGAUCAACAGGAGACUAUCUCACAAACAGAAACUAUGAUCACUCCAAGCUCGUCAAGUUCAAGGGAAAAAACAUGGUCCAAGGAACAAGAGCAUGUUUCUCCGGAGCAUGUUAGUCGAUUUGACGAGGGUGAUACGAAGAAUAACAAGACAAAAGAGCUUGAGGUGUUGAGCAGUCCACUGGACCAUGAGGAAGCGGAUAUAGUGGAAUGUAUCUCCGCAAAAUCUAGCAGAAUGACAUUGUCUGAUGGAAGAUUCAACGAUAAAACACGAUCCUUCGAUGAAGAAAGCACUUCAUCUAAUUCACAGUCGGCAAAACCAGAUCCAGAGGCAGCACCAAGAUGCUGUGUUGCUAAAACUGAAAAUGGUAGCGAGUGUAGAGAAGUUGCUAUUGACUGCUUGUCAACUGAAAGCGAUGGUUCACUUCUACACAAAGACGAGCUAGAAAAGAAAGCAACCGCGGUUUCGCAGCUCAAGUCAUUAGCCGCAUUAGAUAGUAAGGAGGACAAAGACGACUGGGGUAAUCCCACUGAACAAAGAGCUGAAGCUUUGGAGUCUCUUUUGGAGGUUUAUGCGCGACUACUUAAGCAGGAAAAAAUCGGUGAGCUUGCUGGUGUGCUGAAACCAUUCGGGGAUGAUGGAAUGUCUUCUAGAGAAACAGCAAUCUG